CUAACUUGCAUUGGUGUGUUUUAACAGCAAAUUUCAAAUUUGUUUCGUAACGACAGCUAAAGGAUUUCCCACAGCAUUAUAAAAAAAUAAACAACAUUAUAGUUAUUGUGACAGGUCACGCUUGAGCUUCAUGCUGCAGUAGUGACGUGCUCUUCUUCCUCCGUGCGGCAGGAAGCGUUUCUCCUUUCACAAGCGACGACCUCCAGAACCACCGGUCCGAUAUUACCGCUCUGAUCCGUCUCCUUUAUUCGGUGCAUUUGAAACCGUUUGCGUGCACAAUGGCUGCGUAUAAGCUGGUGUUGAUCCGCCACGGCGAGAGUUGCUGGAACCAGGAGAACCGAUUCUGCGGCUGGUUCGAUGCCGAUCUGAGCGAAACUGGAGUCCAGGAGGCCAAGAAGGGCGGAGAGGCUCUGAAAGAGGCUGGUUAUGAGUUUGACAUAUGCUACACAUCUGUGCUGAAGCGUGCCAUCAGGACCCUCUGGCUGGUGCUGGACAGCAUCGAUCAGAUGUGGCUGCCUGUGCAUCGCACCUGGCGUCUGAACGAGCGCCACUACGGCGGCCUCACGGGCCUCAACAAAGCCGAGACAGCAGCCAAACACGGCGAGGCCCAGGUGAAGAUCUGGAGGCGCUCCUUUGAUAUCCCACCUCCAUCCAUGGAUCCAGACCAUGACUUCUACACCACCAUCAGCAAGGAUCGUCGUUAUACAGACCUGACGGAGGAUCAGCUGCCCUCAUGUGAGAGCCUGAAAGACACAAUUGCUCGAGCGCUGCCAUUCUGGAAUGAAGAAAUUGUUCCUCAAAUCAAGGAGGGCAAGAGAGUUCUCAUCGCUGCCCAUGGCAACAGCCUGCGAGGCAUCGUCAAACACCUGGAAGGUAUGUCAGAGGAAGCGAUUAUGGAGCUGAACCUUCCUACAGGAAUCCCCAUCCUCUAUGAGCUGGACAAGAACCUGAAGCCCAUUAAGCCCAUGCAGUUCCUGGGAGAUGAAGAGACCGUCCGCAAAGCCAUGGAAGCCGUCGCUGCUCAGGGCAAAGCCAAAAAGUAGACGGAGACAUUGUACAAAUGGUCUCUCAUUUUCCACAAUUCUCCUCAAAAAUGCAGUCAGUGUUGUACCAUGAGCCUAGAACCAAACCAAUGACCAAUUAUUUAUUUGUUAAUACUCCUGAGUACACGGACCAUCUUAAAGGGAUAUUUCACCCAAAAAUGAAAUUCACUCUCAUGUUGUCAGAAACACAUCUUUCUUUCGUGGAACACAUGAGGAGACAUUUCCUUUCGUGUUCUACAGAAAAGCGAAAGUUAUACAGAUUUGGAACAACAUGAGGGUGAGAUUUCUGGCUGAACUUUCCCUUUAUUAAAAUACUUGCAGAUGUCACUGUCACUUUAACUGCUGGAUUAUGUAAAUAAUACAUGAAACUGAGCCAGAGUUGAUUUAGCACAGGACGUAUUUUUGCUUUAUUUAGUCUCACAUUUCAAAGUAGGGCACUUGUGUUUAUCUGUGAUGGCACUGCUUUGACAGCGGUAUCCAAGCAACAGCUCAUAUUAAUUAUUGGGUGGGCAGCUGAAAUUGUGCAUUUUCCAUCUUUGCGUGAUUCAUGCUUAAUACCGAUGCCGUAUAUCUCUAUACGCCCACAGAAAUGCUCUUAAUAUAUUCCACGAUUUUAAAAGCACUGAGAAGAUAUUCCUUAAAACGGUUUGUAUUUAAGAUACUCGUUAUUCAUGAGUCAAGAUGUGAGUUUGGUUGGUGAUCAGCAGCAGAUUAUAUUCCUAUGAGACGUUUGGAGAUGUUUAUGAUGAGAGAUGGUCGUUUUUGUCCUGUGCGUGGUAAUUGUCACCACAUCAUGUUGGCUCAUGUUUUGAUGUAUUCGCAGUCACCCCUAUGUGUAUAUGAAAUGAUAUUUGAAUGUUUUGCUCCAGAAAAUGGCAUUUUCUCACAUCGUCUCUUCGCAUAUUGGUUUGGACAAAAAGAUGUUGAGAUUAGUUUUGCUUGACUGAACGAUGCUGUUCUUUGUACACUUGAAUGAGUCCAUGAAACAUGAGUUUAAUGUGCAAUCCCUAAUAAAUGUUGUCUGACUUAAGCAGAUAUAUAUGUUG